GAGGCGGCGGUGGACGACAGCAGGAUGACCGUGCAGGAGUUCAACACCCUGGUGGCUCUGUACCGGGAGCAGGUCAUAUCUGUCGGGGAGAUCUCCGCCGACUGCCCGUCCCUGCGGGCUCAGCUGCACCAGACCCGGACCAAGGGCUGCUCCGUGGCCCGGGCUGCGCACCACGACCUGGCUGUCGUCUCCGUCUCGGGGCCGGAGGACGGAGAGAUCCAUCCUGAAAUCUGUCGGCUCUUCAUCCAGCUGCAGUGCUGCCUGGAGAUGUUCAUCACGGAGAUGCUGAAGUCCAUGUGCCUGCUGGGGGUGCUGCAGCUCCACAGGAGAAGUACCGGCACACAAACAAAAACACUUCUUACUGUUGUGUUUAUUUUGGGUCCGUCAGGAACAGACUCGGAGCCAAAGAUGGACUUCAGGGUGGAUGAGAGCUCAGAUGUCCCCAUCCUGGAGGACCGGUCCUCGUCUCCCAUUGAUUUCCCUCAGGAGCAGUGGCUGGUGGGGACUGAUAUCGAAAAUAUAGAAAGCUUCAAGCUGCUGCUGCUCCUCUGCUGCAUCUCAGCCAGCCUGGCCUGUUUCUGUGAUCGGUACCCCUGGAGCUCCUGGUCCGCCUGCACCAGAACCUGCAACUACGGGACUCAGAGCAGAAGCAGGUGAGACAAUUUGCUGCUGAACUCCAAAUUAAAUAUUUCACCUGCUGAUUUUCGGACCCGGUCUGUUGUGACCCCAUCUCAGUUUGGUGGUUCUGCCUGCAGUGAGGAGCUAACAGAUGAGAGGCCCUGCUACCCAUCCAAGCAGUGCCAGUUGCCCCCCAUCGACUGCAGGGAUGACUUCAGGUGUGAGAACGGGCGCUGCAUCAACUCAACGCUGACGUGCAACAAGCAGAACGACUGCAGCGAUAACUCUGACGAGAAGGACUGCGGGGCCUUCAGGACCGUCUGUCCUGCCGACAAGAGAGUGGCCCCCGGGGCCAACCUGGUGGGAAACGGUUUCGAUGGUCUGGCGGAGGAGCAGAGGGGAGAGGUGCUGGACAACAUGUUCAUGGGAGGAAGCUGCACCAUCAGGAGACCAGAAAGCACGUUACUCUACCACAGGGUUCCUAACAACUUCAAGACCUUUGACAUCAAGGUUGGCGUGUUGGAGGACUUCAGCAACGAGCCUCAGCUGCUGCACUCUGAGUCCGUCAGCGUGAAGAAGUCCGGUUCAUCCAAUCAUUUCAGCGGCCCAAAUGGAGACUUUCUGUUCCUUUUGUUUGCAUUGUUCAGCUCUCGGCAAUCAGGUGUCACCUCCAACUCAGCUGCUUUUGAAGCGUCAAAGAAAAAGGACUCCAAGUUUUUCCGAGUGCAUCAGGUUCUUCCCGUGUCGACAUUUACGGUGAAGGAUCCGCAGGACUUGACCCUCUCGCUUCCUUUCCUCCAGUUCCUCAGUGCUCUGCCACUCGAUUACAACUACGCUCUCUACAGGGAGAUCUUCCAGCGCUUCGGUACACACUAUUACAGUUCAGGAAAGCUGGGAGGCCACUAUGACCUGCUGUACCAGUAUAGCCGAGAGGAGCUCACCACCUCAGGUCAAACAGAAGAACAGUUCAAAGGCUGCCUGAGCCAAGAGUCCGGCUUCACUGUCAUCCUCUACACUCAGUACAGCAGCUCAUCUCGAUGCAAAAACAACAGGAUGACAGAGAAAUAUCACGGUUCGUACAUCCAGUCAGCAGAGAAAUCUUUCUCCAUGGUUAAAGGAGGCCAAGCCAGAGAGGCUGCAGCUUUGGCCUUCGAGAGGCAGGGUCCUGCUCCGGACCGAACCUCUUACAAGAACUGGGCCAAGUCUGUACUUGAGAACCCUGCUGUGGUGGAUUACAAGCUACUUCCCAUCAUCGAUUUGGUCCGGGGAAUUCCCUGCGCCGUGACGAAGAGGAGACACCUGAGGAAGGCUCUGCUGCAGUACCUGGAGGAGUUUGACAUCUGUAAGUGCGCCCCGUGUCCCAACAACGCCAGGCCCAUUCUCUCUGGGACUGAGUGCAAGUGUGUCUGCCAGCCCGGUACCUUUGGUACCAACUGUGAGAAACGAGCUCCAGACUACACAUCAGAGGCAGUGGAUGGGUACUGGAGUUGCUGGGGGCCAUGGAGUCCCUGCGGGGGCACCAUGAGGAGACACCGGACGAGGAGGUGCGACAACCCCGUCCCCCUCAGAGGAGGGCAAUCCUGCGAUGGUCCAAAUAGACAGGAGGAGCCAUGUCACAUCUCUCUUUUUGAAAAACACGAGUCCUGCGAUAACGAUGACGAUUUCACUGUCGGCUGGAAGGAUGAGCUGCCGCCUGGAGUUCAGGGCUGUUUGAGGCCACAGAGGCCAGCCAACAGCUUCCUCAGAAAAGCCAAACAGUACUACAGCUUUGGUGAGGAUGAGGAGUUCCAGUGCUUUACUGGAUUUGACCUGGAUGGUUUUCAGUUCAUCAACUGCCUCCCUGAUGGCACCUGGAGCCAACCAAGAGGAAGCUGCAUCAGGAGGCUUUGUGUUCCUCCAGAAAUCCCAGACGACAUGACGCUGUUUCCCACCAAAGAUGCAUACAGAGUGGGCGAAUGGUUUGGACUAAACUGCAACGAGUCGGGCCUGAUGCCACUGCCACGAGGCACGUACAGGUGCACCAACAAACUCACCUGGGAGCCUGCAAUACCUGCAAACCUGCGCUGCUCCAACGAGGAGCCGGUUGAUCCUGAUGGUCAGUGUGGACCUGGACAGAAGCUGCAGGACUCUCGAUGUGUCUGCGUUGAGCGGGAAAGCUGCCUCUCGCAGCCAGAGAGUCUCUGUGUCCUAAACGUAAACAUCGAUGUGGCCGUGUCAACGUCCCUCUGCUCUUUCUACUCCGGCCGUUGCCAUGGCGACCCAUUGGUCUUCAUCAGCGACGGUCCGUGCAACCCGGAGGACCCAUCCAAACUGGAGUGGGCCCGCUUCAGAGCCAAGAUGUCGACCAAGAGCUCGGCGCGGACGCCGUGCAAUCUGGACACGUGUUACGAAUGGGAAACCUGCUCAGCAACUAAGAAGUGUCAGUGCAAAGCUGCUCGGGACUGCUCCAGGACCGGAACCCACAUGUUCUGUGUGAAGCUGGCGACCCAGAUGACCCGCAGUCUAACCCUGUGUGCCAUGGCCGCCCUCAGAUGCAUCAACCAUCCGUUUGAAAUCCUCAACGAGGGCGUUUGUGAGGGUUGA